AUGGAUCGAGAGAGCUGUAUCAGCGAUGAGGCAAGCAAACAACUUCAUAGCGAGCUGCAACAAGGCUCGGAUAGUCCUUGCGUCGCAGAUCAGCAGUCGCAGCAGACCGUUUCCUUUGGAAUCUCCCCUUCUUACGUAAAAGACUGGGAUACUACCGACGCCUUCCGCGAGCUAUAUCAAAACUGGUACGUGUCGAACCACCAGGUGGGAAAUUUGCUGACACCGAGUAGGAAAGAUGCCAUUCUGGAAAGAUUCCAGCUCGACCGACGAGACUUCAAGCUACACUUCGAAGACGGCAAAGAUCACCUCUCCAUCAUAGGUUCAUCGGCCUCAGACGAUCACGCGGAUCUCCAAGCUCGAGGAUUAAUCCAAUACGAGAAAAAGACCGGUCGAGUCACCCUCACCAAUGCAUGCACGCAACUGCCCGUCGAGUCUCUCAUCAUGGGACACACGACCAAAGCUGUAGACCACAGGCUCAGUGGCUCGCACGGAGAGGGCCUCAAACUGGCUGCGUUGGUCAUGAAUCGACACCAAUACAAGAUGAGCAUCGCCGCAAGCCACUGCAAUUGGAAUUUCGGGCUGCAUGGGCCACAGCAGUCUCUUCGCUGCGUCAUCACGACUGCCUGCAAGCCGAAUCUCAUCGAACAGCGAGAGACAGUGGACGAUAUGGCUGACUUGCACUCUCGCACCGAACGAGAUGUUGCAGUGGUCAUUGGGGCCGGUCGCGACCAUCAAAGUCGACCGGUGUCACCCAAGACCUUCCUGCGAUGGCUGCGGGUCACACUCGACAUCCACCAACUGACCUCACCCUCAUCCAUGAUUUCGACGCCACAGGGAGAUUUACUUCUAGAUGCGAAAUUUUCUGGCAAGCUAUUCCUGCAUGGAGUACGACUCUCCAUGCCUACCGUGGUCGGCAAGGUCUUCAAGUUUGGCUACAACUUCGCCUUCGGAAAAUUUAGCCGGGACCGACAGCGCAUGAUCAGUUGCUUCGAGUUAGCAGACUUGGUGCGGCAAAUAUGGGAGCAUGCACUAUCUCUGCAUGAGGGGCUUCUCCUCCCCUCCUAUAUCGGCCUUCUCCGCAACUAUGCGCACCUUGGCGAUGUUGACAAAGCGGAGAUACUUCUGGAGCCAUCGACCAAGACCCGCAUUUGGGAGCACCUCGUGCAUGCUUCAAGGGAUAAGCUUUACUUUUACAGUGCAGAAUCAAAUCCGCAGACCGUGGAUGCGAUCCGAAAAUGCACCGGCAGAAAGCCGACCACACUUCCGAAGAGUUUCUGGCAGCUCCUUCGCUCCGCGUCACCAAUCCGGACGAUUGAGGAGGAGCAACAGCGACUUUGCAAGAAUGCGAAGCUCCGUGCCUUGCCCGGUAACGCCUUUGCGAAGACAAUCGAUCGGGCUUUCAGGGCCUGCUUGGCACUCUUGAAUGUCCCAAGCAAAAUGAAAGUCGUAUAUGUCGACGACUUGGCCGGGAGGCUCGAUGUCCUCUACCACGCUGCCGAAUGUACGUUGAGCAUUCCACAUCAAUGGUGGGAUUUUGACAGUAUGGACCAGAGGGGGUUAUGCCGGGAUCUGGUUCCAACAACCGUGGGUGGACAAUAUGCACCCUUUUCAUGGAGAGAUGUUGUGGAGGAGUUGCUGGUUCUCUCUAUACCUUCCCUCUGUACAGCAUCCCCCAUGCCACGGAUCACAGAGAUCCGGUACAUGCGCCAAGUCAGACGCCUGCUUCAAUGGUUCCCACAUAACAUCCAAAUCAGCCUUCAUGCUGGCGGUCUGCUGGUCAGCUGGGAAGACAAUGAAGCGGAAACGAUCCAAAGAUUCCAUGAAGGUGGGCCAGAAUACAAAGUCGUUCUUCAUGCGGAGCACUGCGGCGCUGAAGCGGAGCUCCUUCAUCCCGAAGCGGGUAAGUCUACUCCACCAUUUAUAUGA